AUGCCGACGACUUCGAACAACUCGUCCCCCGUUAAGCGCCCGGGGUUGGGCCGCCGUGCUGUCUCAUCCCACGCCGUCGUCACGCGCUCCUCUUCUUCUUCAACACAAGGGGAACUCUCGAACUCGCACACGUCUCACCACCCUCAUCUUAAAGCACCCGGCCACAAUCGACCCCAUCGGGCGCAUCUUGUCGGCGGCGGCCAUCGCAGUCACGGUCGGAAUCCGUCGUUCGGAAAGAACCUAGGCAAACUACAAAGACACAAUACCAGCCAGGAGUUACGGUUGCAUCAUCAUCAUCAGCGCAAGAAAUCUGCUCCGGUGACGCCAGUUGCGAGCCCGCCCCGUCAACACAUCCGCUGGGAUGGAGCGGUGGACGACGCCUCUAACCGUACUAGUGGCUCCAUGAAGAAGAACAAUUCAAGCCCUGCCUUGCGACGGAGCAACUCGAGUGUUUUACCUAAGAAAGCACUAGUAACUGACCGCCCACAUACCAGCUCUGGGAAGAAGAAGACAGUCGGAUUUGAACUGGGCGACUCCACAGACGAAGGCGACUGGGAAGACACAACCCAGUCCCCUGAGAGCACCAGGCGAAGUUCUGUUGUGCAAGUAACCAACGACGAGAAUCCGGCGGUGCUAGUCGAUCCCCUUACGUUCGUGAAGCGGCCUUACCCGCAAUUCCCUCGAGCGACCAGUCUUCCCGAAGCUACAAGCAGGAGUUUCCGCGAGGGCGACCAGUCGUCAGGCGAGGACGACGACGACGACGACGACGACGACAAGGACGACGAAGACGAAGACGACGAAGGCUACAAAGAGGAGCACGCUCACCCGACAGAGGAGCAACCCUCAUAUACAGAGGAGGCCCGUCCAGAGGAGCUUACACGGCCGACCGACCACGAUAUCGCCUCACGUCUUCUCAGCCCAUCCCAUUCAGUUAAAGCGCCGCCCGCAAUGUCUUCGAUUUCUGCCACAGCGACACCCGCACCGGUAGAUACUAUAUCAAGAAAUGCAUCCUUGACGAACUUGGCCUCCGGCCCGGAUGGUGUGCGGCGACCGCUAUCGGCCAACAUUGCACACUCGGGCACACCGACAACACCAGCACCUGGGGGAUCUUCCUCUAUAGAAGGGGGUGUCUCUAGAUUUAUUAACAGCCGGAUUGCAACGUCUCGUACCGACUCGGAUCCGAAUACUCCAUCUUCAUUUCUCCCACACUACCACCCGCAAACCCCGCCGUCUCCCCGAAGCGCAAGCUCUAAAAAGCCGCGCGGUUCACCAUCCUCCCGCCAGCCCGGAACAGAGCCUCAUUCCCGUACUCAGCAAAAGCUCUGGUUGCAGCGCACUGCAGCAUUGAACACUUCACCUCCCGAUUCGCAUGGCGCAUCCACGAGCAGCGUCUCGCCUUCAGGGAUAGAUCCGACAUACAUCGGUGGCACAGCCCGGUCCGGACCAGGACCCUAUGAUGCCGGGCGGGCCCUUGUCAACGGAUCAUCCAGGAACGGAGGACCGGUGCAUCAGAACGAAGCAAAGCAUAUCCGUAAGACAUACGAGAAGGCUGCUUUGGAACUUACAGUUGUGCGGAGAUUCCAGUCUCCCACUGGCGACAGCUUCUCUCGUCUAAAUGCGAUUCUCAAGGACGGGAAACCUGAUAUCUAUAGCCAAGAAUCCCGAAGUAGCCUUGGUAAGCCCAUCAAGUCGGCGCCCGCUCUAGUCCUGUUACAGAAGGGUGCAAAGAAAGCAGGUCAGAACGGUGGCAGCAACGCGGGGAGCCCCGAUUCGAGACAAUUACUAGGAAGAAAGCAAGCCGGUUCUCAUAGCUCGGUUUCCCAGGCGGACAUCCAAGACCCAGAGGAUCCGCCGCACCCAUCCCACCGCCUCCUUUCGACCUCCGAUGAAGCCGCACAUGCUUCUCAUGGGCCUGAGGAAGAGCACGCGGAGGAAUCAUACCUGCCAAAUGAAUCCGAUAUGAUGAUCCGUCGCAUGUGGGAGAGCCGCGAGGUUGCGACAUCUGGUUGA